AUGCCGAAAAACCAAGUGAAAAAAACAACGGCCCCUAGUCCCCAGCAGGCCUUAAGUGGUCAAGGGGUGCCAAAAAUCCCUGGGAAGUAUGCAAUAGCGAAGGGAUGUUGCAAAAAAAUUCAGAACGGCCCCUCUAUGGUACUUAGACUUGGAACGCUCAAUAGAAAUGUCAUUAAUACCAAAUCUGAUCUUGAUCUGAUCCGUCCAUCAAACGUUCUACUUGUUUGUUGCUAUCAAAAAAUUGAUCUUGCACAAUUCAAAAUCAUCAACGUUUAUUCUACUUUGCGCAGGAUAAAAGUACGUCCUAAAACUGAUAUCUGGUUAUUGAAAAUUAAAGAUUGCGGCAAAACACAACGCACUUAUAAAUAUUGGUGGCUCAUCCCAUUAAAAAUUUUUCAAAUCCUUAUCACCUAUAACAACGGUCACCCAAAGUUCAAGAUGAGGUUCAAGUACACCAGGCAGUCUAUGAAUGCGCAGAGUCAAAAUCAAAUACCACUUUCAGCAGUAAGAUCAAUACCACUAUUCAAUAUUCUCACGCGUCUUUAUAUACCUGUCUUAUCGAUGCUUCACGAUCGUACUAGAUAUCUCGCUAUCAGAAGGUUCCAGUUUCUACACGUAGAAACACUAGCGCCUCUAGCGACGGUUAUGUACGGUAUGUACGGUAACUGGAGCUUUUGCCAGAUGCUUUUUUCGUCCGAAAAAUGA